CAAGGUCAUCGGCCGCCAUGGCGUCCAACCAGAGCAUCUGGUCGACGCUGCCGCCCAUCACUGCAGGAGCGCUGUCAACGGCAACCCUCAUGUACCCAGUAGAUCUUCUCCGUGCCCUCAAGAUGUCUGCUGCUGCAGAGGGCAAGGGGGGGUCCACGGUCACCCUCAUCAAGAACUUCUAUGCUACUCACGGUCUGAAGGGGUUCGCGACUCAGGGUGUGGUGCCCGAGAUGGUUCGAGCCACUUACAUGCGAGUGCUCAAGUUCUUUCUCUUUCCCAUCACUCACCAGGCCAUGUUCAACAAGCCGGAGAACAAGGGCUCUGGUCUGACGAAGGCCAUCGCUGCUGGAGUUGCAUCACUGCCAGAGGGAUUCACCAUUCAGCCGAUCGAGGUGUCCAAGAUCGCUCUUCAGCUUGACAAAGAGAAGAAGUUCAACAAUCAAGCAGGUGCUGUUAUCAGAGACAUCCUCAAGACCCGCGGCUGGACUGGACUCUUUAUCGGAUAUUUUGGAAUCCAGUACAGGCAGACCUCGUGGACUGCUGCUUACUUUGCCAGUCUUCAGUACUUCUCGGAGCAGUCCAAGGCCGUGCUCCCUGCGGACUGGAAGAUGACGCAGAAUCUUGCAGGAGGCUUUGCUGCCGGCAUGUUCGGGGCGAUCUUCAACACCCCGGGUGAUGUGAUCAGGUCGUCUCAGCAAAAGGCCAUUCUUGCCGCCGAGCCGAUCAAGCAUCCCUUCUCCGUUGGCCUUUGUGCAUCGGGAGUGAAGGACUUCUUCGCGAUGGGAUCCAAGAUCGUUGCUGCCAACGGCAUUGGAGGACUUUACAUGGGAUUCGGGUUUAAGGCCAUGCAUCUUGGCGGCAGUGGAGCCUUGCUUGCUAUGCUUAUCCCUUGGUUCAAGGGAAUGAUGGGUGUGAAAUAA